AUUUGUGUACAGAAUGUAUGAAUGCAUUGCAUUAGCGCUAAAAUAUCGUUGAAUUGAAUGAAUCAAUGAAUGAAUGUUUAAAUGAAGACAACAAUGAAUAAUACAAUCAAUACAAUCACGAGAAAUGAUGUCAUCGAUGGUAAAGACAAAGACAUGAUCUUAGAGGUGAACCGACUUAAGUCAUUCAAGAGUUGGCCAUUCAGGUCAGGAAAUUGUACCAAAUAUACGGUGAGUGUCAGUGGUUUCUAUCACUGCAAUAUUGAUGGCGAAGUCGAUGGCGUCCGAUGUUUCUGCUGUUUCAAAGAGUUGGACGGAUGGGACACCACUGACAACCCGCAGAUUGAACACAAACGCAACAAUAACUGCUAUUUCGCUAAUUUAGGAAAACCAGAGUCACAACUGACUGUCAAAGAGUUUCUUAAAGUAAUGGAAGAAAGAGAAGUGAAUCUUAUGAACUUACGCAUUGAAACAAUGAAUGAAAUGGAGAAACUUGUUAUCACCGAAUUGGGUCUCAAGAUUGACGACAAGAUUUAUUGAACUUUAAAUACAUUCAAUGGUUAAUACAUUUAUUUAUUAUUUUAACAAAGUUAUAAACUAUGAAUUUCAUUAUAACAUCUAAUAAAUACAUCAAAUACUA